CCUUCCCAGGGUUCAGCGGAGCUCGUUACCCCACCCAUCUCGAGCUAUCUGUUUAAUGUCCAAUUCACUGAGAAAAGCGGAGAAAAGACGCGAAAUACACCGCGGAAAAGCAGCUAUCCGCGCCUCUACAGACAAGAGAUCGACCCGCACGUGAGGAAUCUGCUGUCAUCGGCGGAUGAGCCGCUCUGAUCGGCCGGUUCUUCAUGAAUCUUCAUGCACAUGUAGAUCCUCCGCCGAGUUCGACAGGAAUACAAAGCUAGGCUGACAGCGACCCUACCUGCCAUCUAAAUAUCAAAGGAUUUUUACUCGUCGACCUUAACCGAGGGAGACCAACAAACUAAGGUAGCGAGCAAAGGGAUCGUAAUUGGCGUCCAACGGGCGGCCAGAUGUGCGGAAGACGCCAGAUGACAGUCGCGGAGAGAACGACGAAGGAGAUCCAGAUUCAGGGCCUUCUGUGAACCGGAGUCCCGAGAGCGGCUCACAUCAGAAGAGGAGGGAAAGAACAUUUUGCCAGAAAGGACUGAAAAUAACCUGCGAUCGCGCGUGAAACGGAUUUAGGAGCUUCUCCACUUCCCGGGAGCAGUGUUAUGAUCCUCGUGCCGUCAUUUUAGUGGAAAUAUUUAUUAUUUUAAUUUCCAGCUCGAGCAGUCCCUUUCGGUUGUUUUGGUGCAGGAGGACGGAUUGGGGUUUAGAGACCCCGAAACACACACAGCAGCUUCUGGUUAUCAGCAGUCCGUGUACAGGGUGUACAGUCAGACGCACUUAUAUUUCUGAAAUCUAGUGUGAAUUUUGAAGGAAAAGCUUUAGAUCGUGUUUGUAUUUGUGUUCUUCAUGAAGGCGUCGUGGGAAACCCAGAAGACGAGCCCUUAUGCGCGCUAACGGGAAUAGCGCUCGGGCUUCAGACGGAUUUUGAUGACAUCGUUUCGGCUCUGAGAGCAUAACGAGACGAAGGCCCGGGGGCUGUCACCAGCUCGCGACCCUCCAGGUUCGACUCUGCUCGCGCAGACACACUGCAAGCUAACGGCCCCGGAUUCACUCUGCUCGCGCAGAUCAACAGCAGCACAAGCUAACGGCUAGGUUCUGGGAAAGGGGGCUGGGCUUCGCAUUCAGUGCAUGUCCAUGGGACGAUAUCAAUGUCACCAUUCUUAAACACACGGCUUUCCUCCAGGGCCUGUCUCGGGAUUUAACGGGUUCUUCCGCGCUCUCCCCCUCCGACCCCCUCUGCCCGUAGCCCGCUCGGGGCGCCGGUACGAUGGGCUGUCUCGGGAACAGCAAGACCGAGGACCAGCGGAACGAGGAGAAGGCCCAGCGCGAGGCCAACAAGAAGAUCGAGAAGCAGCUGCAAAAAGACAAGCAGAUCUACCGGGCCACUCACCGGCUACUGCUGCUCGGUGCUGGUGAGUCUGGAAAAAGUACCAUCGUCAAGCAGAUGCGCAUUCUACACGUCAAUGGCUUCAAUGCAGAAGAGAAGAAACAGAAGAUCCAGGACAUAAAGAAUAACAUUAAGGAGGCCAUAGAGACCAUAGUAACAGCCAUGAACAUCCUGGCUCCUCCAGUUCAACUGGCCAGUCCACAGAACCAGUUCCGGAUCGAGUACGUCCGCAACUUGGCCAAUCAGAAGGACUUUGAGUUCUCGCCUCUUCCUUGACCGGAUUGACAUCGUCAAGCAGAGUGACUACACGCCCACAGACCAGGACCUUUUGAGAUGCAGAGUUCUGACAUCUGGGAUUUUUGAGACCAGGUUCCAAGUGGAUAAGGUCAACUUCCAUAUGUUUGAUGUUGGAGGCCAAAGGGAUGAACGCAGGAAGUGGAUCCAGUGCUUCAAUGACGUGACGGCCAUCAUAUUCGUGGUGGCCAGUAGCAGCUACAACAUGGUGAUUCGGGAGGACAAUCAUACCAACCGCCUGCAGGAGGCGCUCAACCUCUUCAAGAACAUCUGGAACAACAGGUGGCUAAGGACCAUCUCCGUAAUUCUCUUUCUGAAUAAGCAGGACCUGCUGGCUGAGAAGGUUCUAGCAGGGAAGUCCAAAAUUGAGGACUACUUCCCUGAGUUCGCCCGUUACACCACACCUGAUGACGCCACUCCAGAGUCGGGGGAGGACCCGCGCGUCACCAGGGCCAAGUACUUCAUCCGCGACGAGUUCCUGAGGAUCAGCACGGCGAGUGGGGACGGCCGGCACUACUGCUACCCGCACUUCACCUGCGCCGUGGACACAGAGAACAUCCGCCGCGUCUUCAACGACUGCCGUGACAUCAUCCAGAGAAUGCACCUGCGGCAGUACGAACUCCUGUGAUUGGACGAGAGAGGAUGACAGACUCCACCCCCUAUCCUUCCUCUCUCUGUCUCUCACACACACACACACACACACACACACACACACACACACACACACACACUCCCUUUUCCUCGCCCCAGCCCAGCACCCCCUCUCUGCUGCCCCCUGCUGGUGACUGUGUCUCAGUUGAAACAACUGACUGCAAACAUGUCUAACCACACACACACACACACACACACACACACACACACACACACACACACACACACGCCUGAACAUGGCCAGGACUGCUAAACUCCCCCAGCACUCAGGACUGAGUCAAACAACAUUCUGUCUCUCUCUCUCACACACACACACACACACACACACACACACACACACACACACACACAUACGUACACUGAGUUUCAAUUCUGUCCUUUUUCUGUCAUGUUUUGCUCUCUGUCCCAGGCUUACCAAACGCACCAUCCAAACAUACUCUCUCUCACACACACACAUACACACACACACACACACACACACACACACACACACACACACACACACAUACACUCUCUCACUGUGCUCCUAGGCUGGGGGAUCUGACUGCACGCACACACACACACACACACACACACACACACACACUCACACUGUGCUCCGAGGCUAGGGGAUCUGACUACACACACACACACACACACACACACACACACACACACACACACACACACACACACACACACACACUCUCACUGUGCUCCGAGGCUGGGGGAUCUGUCUGCAGUGCCGGGGUGAUCCUGGCCUGUUGAAAUCCUUCUGCUCACGCUCAGAUCGCGCCUCGCUGGGAACCAUUAGGAUGACCAAUCAGAGCGCAGGGGCUGGCUGUUAAGCCCCGCCCCUGCCGAGGGCUGUCCAAUGGGGGACAAGGACUGUCCAGUGGACUUCAUGCUGAGCAAAAAACCCAAGCUAUAUAUAUAGAUAUUUAUAUAUGUGUGUAUAUAAAUAUGUAUAUAUAUAAAUAUAAAUCUAUAUAAAUCUGAUAUAUUCCUGUAUUAACACAAGUCAGCUCUUCUGUUCGGUAGUCCCCCGUGUGUGUUGCUGUCCACUGUGUGUGCAAGCUGCCUUGGUGCUGUUACUCCUCUGCUCCCUCCUCCCUCCCUCGCUCUCUCUCUUUAUCUCGCCCUCUCCUUCUCUCUCUCCAUUCAUCUCUCUCCUUCUCUCCCCCUCCCUCGGUCACAUGCUCACUUCAGCACUUUUUUUUUUAAUCUUCUCUUCUCUCCUUCUCUCUCUCCUUUACUCCCCCCCUCUCUCUCUCUCUUUCUCUCUCUCUCUCUCUUCUCUCCAUCUCUGACUCCGCCCCCUUGUGCGCUCUCCUGCCUGUGUGACGAGAGGAGAAAUCUGAUUGGAAGAGAAACAGUCUGGACACUUAGUGGCUCUGCCCCUACUCACCACAGACCCCGCCCCCGCCUGCCACAGACUCCGCCUCUAACCACAUUUAGCUCCACCCCUCUACCUGGCUCAGUCUGGACGCUCCGUGGCUGAUCUACUGCCCCCCCCCCCGACCCCUCCGACCCCUCCCCCCUCCCCCGGCUUCAGUCUGUCUGUGUUUUAGUUCCUGCUGGACCGCGACUGGUGUACAGACUGUAAAUGUGUUAUUUUGUACUUUAUUGAAAAGAAAGACGACCUUGUAGAGGUUCCCUGUGCCUUGACCACGCCUGUACGUGUACCAUAAGCUCAGUAGGUUCACUGCACUGUGUGUGUGUGUGUGUGUGUGUGUGUGUGUGUGUGUGUGUGUGUGUUUGUGUACGUGUGUGUGUGUGUGUGUGUGUGUGUGUGUGUGUGUGUGUGUGUGUGUGUGCCUUGACCACGCCUGUACGUGUACCAUAAGCUCAGUAGGUUCACUGCACUGUACAGCUAGGCUAACCCCAUCCCCCCAACCCCCGCCCACACACACACACACACACACACACACCUAGACACACACUCACAUACAAGCACACUCACACGCAUACACGCAUACACACACACACACACACACACACACACACACACCUAGACACACUCUCACAUACAAGCACACUCACACGCAUACAUACACACACACACACACACACACACACACACCUAGACACACUCUCACACAUGCAAGCACACACACAAACAUACACAUAUUCAGAGACAAAAUCACACACACAAACCCACUCUUGACAUCUUAAGCACACACACACACACACACACACACACACUGAGCAGUGCAUUGCGGGUGGCCUGGAGGGCAGGGUGGCUCUGUGUGUCCCUCUGCUGACUCCAUCCACUCUUCUCUUGGUUAGCGUUAGCGUUAGCGUCCGACUCUCUCUGGGUUAGAAGAAGAAGAAGAAGAAGUAUUUAAAAGCCUAAUGCUGUGUAGUCUCAAACAGAGGAAAUCCACAUGGUUUUAUUUAUAGAGAUCUAUGAGAUUAUCUGCCGCACUCUCCUGGUUCACCACCAUUGGCCUACAUGUUCUGAAGAGGGAGGGGGUUCUCAU